GGGAGUUUGAGUCCAGUGUGUGUGUGUGUGUGUCUGUUUUCCUCAUCCCAAGGACAUCAGGUGGACUGAAAGUCAAGGCAGUGACAUCACUGAGAGGCUGGCUACACUCACUCUCUCUCAGGCGAGAGGCAGCAACAAGGAGAAAGCAACAGCUCCAGAGAGAGAGAGAGAGACAGAGACCCCCUCCCCCUUAUACAAACACACACACACACACACAUACAGGGAGAGAGGAGGCGCUGGCGGAGCCCCUAGGCUGGAGGAUGUGAGUGAGACAGAGAGAGCGGAGGCUCGGUGCCUUUCCUCGUCCCCCCCUCCAGGACCCCGGGAGGCAGGAUGCUGCUCCUGCUGCUGCCGCCGCUGCUGCUGCUUCUGCGCUGGGGCGAACCCCGGCUCCAGGACGGGGACGCGCUGGUCGGCAGCUCCUGGAACACCAGCCGAGCCGGGCUGCUCAGAGCGCGGGCAGGAGCAGCAGGGGAGACCGGGGCGCCGAAGAGCAGCGAGGCGGAGCCGCAGGAGGAGCCGGGCAGCGGUCUGGAGGACAGCACUUGCGCCUACAAGGUGCUGCUGAACGGGAGAGGAGGAGGAGGGGGCAGGAUCUGCUUCAGGAGCACGGACAGCGGGUUCCGCUGCGGCCCGGGGAGCUGCCGGGUGUACCGCUCGGGCCCCUGGCUGGUGGCGAACGUCCUGGCGAACAGCAGCGUCUUCCUGCAGUGGCGGCCGCGGAGCCUGCGCCACCUUCGGGGCUUCCAGCUGAACUGCAGCUGGAGCGGCCUCUACACCCAGUUCCAGUGCGACAGCGUGCAGCUCGGGGUCUCCUGCCGGGACUACCUGCUCAGCAGCGUCCACGACAGCGUGGAGUACCGCAUCUGCCUGCACACCCUGUACAGCGGCGGCGGCGGCCGGAGGGACGAGGAGUGCCUGCAGUUCCGCGCCGAGCCCGCCGGCAUGCAGGACAUUGUCAUCGCCAUGACCGCCGUCGGGGGCUCCAUCUGCGUGAUGCUGGUGAUCAUCUGCCUGCUGGUGGCCUACAUCACCGAGAAUAUCAUGCACCCCGCCUUCGGCCGGCCUUCCGCCAAGCGGGCACGCGAGGAGCACCGGCUCGCCGCUUCAUAAUCUACACGCCUCACCCGCAUUUAUAGACAGGAACCAAAAAAAACAACAACAAAAAAAACAAACACAAACUUUUUUUCAGGAGCAGCCAUCAAAAGUAGCCAGGAGGGGGAAGCAAAGAGGAGGAAGUGCACCUGGAAUCAGCCCUCUCUCUCUCUCUGCAGUUUGAGGAGGGACAGGGAGAAACACACACACACACAGUCUGCUGACCCCCUGCCUUUCCCAGAAGGGAUCUGUCUGCAACUUCAGGACUCCAGGGGGUGAUGAAGGUCGACAGACACAGACAGACGGCUCUACUUUUGAGUUGGAAUGAACACUGGGAGCAGCUGGAGUUGGCCCCCUCGCUGUGUCCCACUUCAAAAGUGACUCCCUUCCCCCUUUUCGGUGUCAAGGCGACCUUGGAAACGCUGACCGCCCGGAAGGAGCGGACCGCAAUCGCUCUCAGACACGAAGAAGCACAACCGAUAACACGAGAGACCGUUCAUCUCCUGUUCGGAUCAAAUUCUGUUCGACUCGUGUGUGUUUCAUUUUUAAGAUUUAAGUUCUACUUCAGAGAACAGAAUCUGUCCCAUGUAAAUGUACAGGUACCGUUCGAGGGGAAUAAAGUCCGAACAUUGACUUGUA